AUGGCGGAGUUAAAUUGUGAAAACGAUAAAACAAGUGCGAAAUGCGAGUUUCUGAGGGCAAAAAAUCCAAAAGGAAGAUUUGUAAGUUCGGGAAAGUUCAAAGAAAAUUUAGAUAAGGUUGCAGUGAUGCAAAAAGGAAAGAUUUUAAACGAGCGAAAAAGGAAAUUGGCGGUGUGCAACGACGAAAACGAGAGGGCAAGCGACGACGAUACAUCAAAGACAACGUUAAAGAGGCCGAAAAGGCAACAGCAGGUAACAGCAAAUUUUUUUCACAAAGUAAAUUUUCUUUUGUAUUUUCACGUUAUAUUUUUCCAGUCUAAAAUAAGUUAUAAUUGUUAUGCUUUAUAGACAACUAGCCAACUUGUCGGGUCGAGAGUAGUUGAUAUCGACACAUUGAAAAAAGGACUGUCAAAAUGUUUAGCUUGCGGUAAAGGUAUGAACUUACAAACUAUAAAUAAAUCUUAUAUAAUAAAAAUACAAUAACUAAAAAGACACUUCUUUCCUUUAUUCUUUUACAUUUUAAAUUUACUCCUUUAUAUAAAAAAGUUUUGGGUGCAAUUCUUAAAGAUACUCUAAUGAUUUACAACAACAAUAUCAGUCUCUUCCUGCAGUGGCAUAGCCAAGCUGAUAAAUGGGGGGAGGUGGGGGGGGGGCAUAUUCAUAUAUUCAUGUUUGCAUUAUUAAUUUAUUUUGAAAUUCAUUGUUUUUAAUUAAGGUCUGUGAACAUGAAUAUAUGAAUAUGCUCCCCCCCCCCACAAUUAUCCAGCAUGCUUUGGCACUGUCUUAAAUAUAUGGACAAAUAAUGUAAUGAGACAAUGUUAGUGGAUGUUAAAUAAACCAUAGCACUUGCUCAUUUACUGAUUACAAAGUCUUGUCAUUAACACCUUCCAUAAUAAACUAGGUCCAUUAUCCUUGGAUGACAUCAAGCAAGAAAAACUGUAUGGCCUAGGAAGUGUAUUUUAUGUAUUCUGCCAAAACUGCUUUCAACUAAAUGAAGUUUGUACAUCAUCUCGACAUAAAUCAGGGAAGCGUGGACCGCCUUGUAUGGAUGCAAACAGCAGAGUGGUAUUGGGAAGUUUACACACUGGGAUGGGACACACACAUGUCAAUCACCUGCUUUCCACAAUGAACAUACCCACAAUAAGCCAUAAAGCAUACAAAGCUCGUGAACGUGAAGUUGGUCAUUGUGUUGAGACUGUUGCCCAAGAAAGCUGUAGCAAAAUAACCUGUGAAGAAAAAAAAAAUAGCACAUGUGUGACUCCAGAUGGUUUUGUAGAGAUGGCUGCAUCAUAUGAUAUGGGAUGGCAGAAAAGAGGAAAGGGUCACAAUUCCUCAACUGGGCAUGGUGCUGCUAUGGGCUUGGCAACUGGAAAAGUGAUGGAUUAUGCCACUCGUUGCAAAAAUUGUAGGUUUUGUGAAGCUGCAAUGGCAAAGGGGAAACAAGCUACAAAACACUACUGCAGAAAAAAUCAUGAAGGCUCGUUAAAAUCCAUGGAAAGUUCUGUUGCCUGUGAAUUAUGGAACAAGGCACCCUUGUCAAACACAAGAUACACCGUAUAUAUUGGGGAUGAUGAUUCAACCACAUUGUGUCAAAUGCAUCAAAAUGUGCCCUAUGGUGUUGAGAAAUGGUCCGAUAUAACACAUACAAAAAGAUCGCUAACUACUAGGUUGUACAAUAUUAGUAAACAUAAAUUCAACAACUGCUCUACAUUGUCACACAAGGUGAUAAACUACCUAACUAAAUGCUUUAGUUACUGUGUUGCACAAAACAAAGGAAACCCUGCCCAACUAAAAAAGUCACUCAAACAAAUUGUCCCACAUGCAUUUGGCGAUCACACUUCAUGCAAUUCAUCAUGGUGCAAAUUUAAUGAUAACCCGACAACCUACAGACACAAGGAUCUACCACAUGGGAAAGACCUAUUUGGUGAAAAGCUGAAGGAAGUUUUAACCGAACUGUUUGCAGAGUAUUAUACAGAUACUGUUAUUUCAAAACUUGCUCCAUGUGCAAACUCUCAAAGAAAUGAAUCAUUGAAUAGUGUUGUUGGCACAAAGAAUCCCAAAACAAGGUACUAUGGAGGCAGUGAAAGUAGUGACUUUCGUGUAGCUUGUGCAAUUGCUCAAGUAAACACUGGCUAUGGUUAUGUAAGCAGCACAUUGGAAAGAUUAAACAUUGAACCAGGUAAAUUUUGUGAGGACUAUGUUGCCAAAAUGGACAAAAAGUCAACUACUGCUAAAGCAAGAAAAGCAAUGAAAGAAGUAAAAUGUAGAAGAAAUGAAUUGAAAAAUAAGAAAAGUGCAAAACUUGCAAAGAGCGAAAUAAAGGAAGGGAAAACGUAUGAGAGUAACAUUGGACUAAACUUACAGUUGCCCAGCAAUAUGGCUAAUUCUGAUCCACUGCAAACCCUUGAGUCUAUAACUAAUGAACAACACCAGAGAUAUGAGAAACUAGUUCCGCAAGUCCCAAUAAAACAAAAUAAUUGUAUACAAUAUGAUGAGACAAAAACAUACAAGUUUAUUUUGUUCGAUACCGAGACAACCACCAUGGGAAAAGCAGCAGAAAUUUGUCAAUUGUCGGCGAUAGGUGAUGUGGGACAAAAUGAAUUUUCACGCUACAGAAAUUAAUAAACUAGAAAUUUUUAAAGUAAACGGGGAAAGAGUACUCUAUCACCAAGGCCAACCUGUGCAGAGUAGCAGUUUAAAGGAAGCCCAAGUGUCGUUCAUCAAUUAUAUAAACAAAGUCAGUACGAACGACAAAGAAAUGAAAGAAUGCAUACCUGUUCUGGUAGGACACAAUGCGAUGACCUUUGAUAUCCCAAUUCUUCUCCGUACUUCAAUUCCACCGUUUAUGACAGAACUGAAACGUUUGAAUGUUCAUUUUGGAGAUAGUUUAAUCUUAGCCAAGCAAAUCUUGAAAGAGGAACAUCCUGCGCUUCGGUUGUCUGAUAAUACAUUUUCCAAAGCCUCGUUGGGAUGCCUACAUUCGACCUUAUUUGACCAGUCGUUUCCAGCACACGAUGCCCUCGAAGACGUUAAAGCACUCCGAAGAAUUCUUUUUGAGUCCAAUUUGACAUUGACCAGUGAAAUUAUCGUUUCAAAAUCAAAUGUCAUGUCGUGUGAAAAUGCGUUGGCUGUCGUCCAGCAUAUGGAUCUGUCUUACGAUCGAUUCCAAACGUUUAUGGGCAAUCUCCACAAUCCCGACAAAAAUAGAAGUGUUAUUUCGAAGUCAAUGGCCAAUAAGAUAGCAGAGAGUGGCAUGACAUUCACAGAUCUGGUUGCAUUAUUCAGACAAGGUGGAUGUGAAGGCAUCAUUGCUGUCCUUGGCUUGCCACCUACGACCAUGCGAACUUCAAAACCACGGGUAACAAAAAAUCGAAGAAUUUUGAACGCUAUAUGUUCAUAUUUUGUCUCUUCAGUGUAAUUUGUAGAUCUUACUAUAAUUUUCCAUCAUAUUACUCAAUUAAACGAGAAUAUUUUUUAAAAAUAACGAUUAAAGUUGUCAAAUAUUUGUCUUGUUUGUUGGUCUCGCCAUUUCGAAUGAAUCCUUGCCACGCGCUGACGCGCGUGUGUUUUCUCGCGAGUAAUUUGCUGACGUCAUUAUAAUUUCAAUAUUUCCGGACAAAAAGCUUUGUAUCUCAUUAUAUCACCUGGUGACCUAUGUUGAAAAUUUGCGUAUGGUUUUGUAACGCUGAAAACUUUCAUCGUACAAAUGCCAAAAAAAUUUUACAGAAGAAUAUGACAUUUUCGCAUUUUCCAAAAAAAUGGCAUUACAGAAUUUUUUUAUAUUUUGCUAAUUGUUAGCUUUUCGUCCAAGUAAAAUAAUGCACGAAAAAAAAAUGGGGGUCACCAUGCUUUUUUUCCAACUAUACGAGGCGAUAGGCCAAUUUGGAGUGAAUUUCGUACACGUAUGUCGUCAUAGCAACGAACUAUCUGUUACUAAAACUAAUAUAAUUUGAAAGUAGAGUUAUCAAAAUAUAUAAAAAAACCAAUAUCUGCUGAAUAAAUCCUAAAAAUGCGUAGUUUGAACAUGUCAAAGUGUUAAACACCUGAAUUUUUGAAAACUGUAUCGAGCCACCUUAAAUGUGAAUUGAAAUUAACUGCUUUUUGCCGAUCGCGAUAACUUGAGCUCAACUUAUUACUCGCACUUUGAAAUGAAAUAAAUUUAAUUCGUAUAGAACGCUAAUGAAAAUAAUUUGCUUUCCUUUUUAUCAUGAACUUCUACAAAAGAUAAUUUAACUAUGAAACUUUCGCAUACAAUCCAUAGGAAAGACUUGAACAACAAGAACAAAGUUUAUAAUAUUAAUACAAAGUCAUACAUAAACAAUUGAAACAAACUUGCCCUAUAGGCUAUACAGAUUUCUCAUAGUAAAUCAAUUCUUAUAAAUUUUUACGUUUAAAAAUUGAAAAAAGUUUGAUAAUUUGUUAUGUGAAAUGAUUUUCCAAGCUUUUUCUUACAUGUAAUUUUUGUAAAAUACAAAACAAUAGAUACUCCGAAAAUUGAAAGCAUUUUGAAAAAUUUAUUUCGACGUUUUGACUAAACUAUAGUCAUCACCAGGAAAUGAAUGAUCAUUCAUUUCUUGAUGAUGACUAUAGUUUAGUCGAAACGUCGAAAUAAAUUCUUCAAAAUGCUUUCAAUUUUCGGAGUAUCUAUUGUUUUGUAUUUUAUCAAAAUACUCAGUGGUUCCCGUAAUUUCUGCAAUUUUUAUAUUUUCCCUUUCUUCACUCCUGGCAAACAGCCAUAUUUUGAGAUCAGUGAGAUGACCACCCAUACACCCAUGAACCGCGCCCGCGAUAAUUGAUGAACUUUAGACUUCGCUAGUGCGUUCCUUUUCCCGGGUGUAAAUAGCCGGCGGGAGGAUUAAUAUCCUCGCCCCGGGCUUGCGCCCAGUUGGCUCGGGGAUUAUUUGUGCCGCAGGGGGCGAGCAUUACAUUACAUUAUUAUUCAGCUCAGUCUCCAUUGGGACUUUUCAGUGACAGCAAUUACAUCAAGUAUUACGCUUAUUUAUGUUACUUACUUAACCUAGACUAUCUAUUUUUGCAACAAUUGUGAUUACUUUCUUAACUGUGUUUAUUCUAACCCACCCUGUGACGUCAACUUUCCCUGUGGGAGGAAACCGGAGCAUCAGGAGAAAACCCACCACUUUCGGCAUCUCAAUAUAAAUGGAGCCGCAAGGCAUGUUGAUUGCAAUUGAAAAGUUGCGCAAACUUAUGAAUGUAUUUAAACAAGACGCCCGCUAGGCGUUAACCUCGGGUCGGUGCAUAGGGCAUCAUCUGGUAAACAUGCAAAGAUCGUGUAAAUCAAUAUAGUUUAAUAGUUCACUAGUAUAAAUGGUGAAUCAGUCAAUCAAAGCUCCGUUUUAACAUUUUAUUGAUAAUAGUUAAAUACAGGAACAAUUUAGAGAAUUUACUGACGCAAAUAUUUAACUGUAUUUAUUCAUUAUUUGGGUUAUUUUGCGGACGAGUGAAUGAUAUACAUAGCUACUUCACUACUUCAUCUUGUAUUUAGUAACACUAACAGACAAUAUUAUCAGUCUAUUUGUUGAUUGCACAUAGCAGGACGACAGCACUUCAGAUAUUUUUAAAAUAUAUCAAAGUACCGAAAAUAUAAUUAGGUGCAUAUAACUGAUCCAUCAUUAGUAAUAGUUGUACCACAGUCUCAACAGUCGAAGAUUGUAAUGAGUUGACAGUUGGCAAAAUUGUUGUCUACCAGUUACAGUAAGAACCAUCCAUAAAAUGCUUAGCAGUAUCAAACAAGUGAAAGUUGGCCGCGGUAUUCCCAUGCUAUGCAUACGAAGUAUUGUACAUUAUAUCAACAUAUACUCGCGAAUAGUUAUUCAGCUAAACAUGUAUGUCAAAAUUAUCGCACCUUCUGGUUUUAAAUCAACAAUUUUGACGGAGUUUGUGCAAGGACAGCUACGGGUUCCGUUUCGCUUUUGCCGAUGCUUGAAAUUUCCAGGAAGUACACUUAUUUACCGCAAGUUGUCGUCUCCUCCGCAGGCUCUUCGACUACGCGCGCGGCUCGACACAAAAUGGAAAGAAAAAUAGGAGCCGAAUUUAUGACCUCGGUGUCGUACCGACCCGAGGUAAUUAACAGCUAAAAUGAGAUUAGCCGAAGGCGUGUUUAAAUCACGUUUAAUUAAGAGGCAAUUUUUUUCAAUGUUGCGUAUUUGCAACGAAAAGUGUUCAAAACCUAAAAUCUUUUUGGCGUUCCUCUCAAAAUUACUUUGUUUUAGCUUUCUUCUCUAGUUUAUAGAGUUGGCUAUCUUUUUAAAUGCACCUUCCGGUUGAGAAACAUAAAAUAAUAGUUAAAAAUUGUCAAUUAAAAUACAAUUAUCAAUGAUGCUUUAAAAUUGACGCCAUAUUUACAGCCAUGCAUAUAAGCAAAACGUACUGAAUUUCAGACAUCAUCUUCUCUUUGACGUCGACGUAUUAUCGAAAAUCUCUUCAUUUUAGCAUUAUUUAACCGGCAAAGCAUUAAACAUACUUUUAAAGCUUGUUUGCCGAUUGAGAAACGUAUCCAAAAAUAAAAUUUUUGAAUUUAGUCAUAACCUCAA